AUGGGGUUCGCGGAGUGGGCGUCCGGCCCGACCGCCGCCUCCUCCUCGGCUACGGCGCAUCGGACUUGGGAGAAAUGGGCGUCCGCUUCUGUAGGCUCGUCUUCCGGUGAGAAUCAGAUGCGAUGAUGAUGAUGGUGUCUUGAAGAGUAGCAAUACUAGUAGUAGUAGUAGUAGUCUGACUUCUGUUUUUUCCCUCUCUCUCUCUCUCUCCCUCCAUUCUUCUUGCUCUCCAUGUUGACCGCGGGACUUCCUUUCGGCAGAUCAUCCGCUCAAGGCGGCGCUGCUACUCAACUACGACCCCUCUGCGCCUUCCCGCGCGAUGCCAAUCAUGUAUGUGUGCUAUUAUACCUCCGAACGCCCUACGAUCCAGAUUUUCAAUAAUUUUACGGCACCUACUUCAGUGUAUCCUUUUAGGGUUCAUACUGCCCGUGAAUGUUUUCUUCUUCCUCAGCGUCUGAUCCUGCCCCUGAGGACGCUGGGGAACAUUCACAGUGAACGAACGAACGAACGAAACCUAAUUUGAGACUGUACCCAUUCCCGCUGACCAAAAGUCCCUUCCAGAUUGAGGCUUACUCACAUACAUCCUCUUCUCAACGACUCGAUGAAUCUGAUUAGAUCCUCGAGCAGCAAAUCUUGAAUCCGACGCGCCGUUCGGGGACCGAUCGAUCUCCUGGGAUUCGCCUGAUGCUCCGCAAAAUACUUGCAACUUCAGAUAUUUCUUUCGAUCGGAGGGAACUCGGCAAAAUGGUAGCUAGCUGUGUGCAGAGAACUGUCGAAAGAGAUCAUCCAUAGAUAAAAUGCGUUUUCAGCACAUCGAGGAUCGUCGAUUGAUCUCAGUUGAUAUAUACCUCGGUAGCCUUCGUCCGUCGACCUUGCUCAUAUUAGGCGGUCAGUGUUAGGUUUUCACGGAAUCUGCGUCACAUCAUGAUCUGGUCCAGUGGUGUGGAGAAUAUACUUCUCUGGAUAUCAUCCCUUCCGGUGGUGAUCCAGCUCUUCCACAGGAUUCAACAUGCUGAGAAAACUUUUUUAUUUUGGCUUUUUUUUUCAAAAAUCGUCGAUCAUCUCGGCAGCGCAGAGCAGCAGGGGACGAACCUGACGCCCGCCGACUUAUGCGCAUUCAUGGACUUUGUGAGGAGGAACGAUCUUCAGAAGGAGCUGUUCUCCAUCGGGCCGAACCAAUGUGAGACACCCCCCCAACCCCCCCCCGAUCCUCCCUGAUUUCUUACUAUCUCGAUAUGAUAUCUCUUUCUCUCUCUCUCUCUAUCCAUCCGUUCCCCGCAGUUCUGGUCACCUCGAUACACGAGCACUGGUUCUGCGCCAGGUGCGUGAACACCUCGAAGCCCGCCGGCGAGGGCGCCAUUGUCAUGCAGGCCGCCUCCUUCCUCCUGGUCGCUCUGUGAGACCCGCUCUCUCUCUCCCUGGCGCCAUAUCCCGCCCCGACCUCCUUUCAUCAUCGUCAUCAUCAUCAUCAUCGUCGUCGUCGUCAUCAUCAAACAUAUCUAUGCAUCAAUCUAUCUAAAUUUAUGGAUUGAUGAGAUGACUCUGGGAGACGAUGGAUCGAUUCGAUCGAUCCUGCAGGUACGAAGGCUCUGUGGGGGCAGCGUCCCGCGCGAUGGCGGCCGUCGAUCGGUUUGUGUCGCCUCUCGGUCGGAGAAACCCUAACUUCUGA